GAAAAUAAAAACAUGAAGCAUAGUAUUUUAUUACAAAUUUUUUUCCCCAAAAGGUUAGGUAUGUACUACCUAUUUUGAAGUGGUACUUAACACCUGAGAGACAGAACUGUGCUGUACUACAAAGCUGAACUUCUUUGUAAUAAAGAGGCUGUGUCAUCAGCCCGCUGGGCUUCUACCAGUUCGGCGAGGAGGAGGGCAAUGAGGCUGCGUGGGGUGCGACUCGUUCCAGGAGAACCCCGAUUUUGAGGGCAUCUCAGUGCUGGAGCUCAUGGACUCCAUGGCCAACUGGGUACAUCACACGCAGCACAUCCUGCCUCAGGGCCGCUGUACGUGGGUGAACCCAAUGCAGAAGAUGGAGGAGGAGGAGGAGGAGUUAGGGGAGGAAGAAGAGAAGGCGGACAAGGGGAUGGAGGAGGUGGAGCAGGAUGUCAGUCCUCCUCUUCUGACUCCUCUCUCGGAAGAUGCAGAAAUCAUGCACCUGUCACCCUGGACCACCUGCAUCUCCUGCAGCCUCAGCCCGCAGUUGGUGGCCAUCGGGUGCUCCAACCUCUGGCCAGGGGCCUAUGCCUACGCCAUUGGCAAGAAGUUUGAGAACCUCUAUAUUGGCUGGGGUCACAAGUACAGCCCUGAGAACUUCAACCCAUCCCUGCCAGCUCCGAUUCAGCAGGAAUACCUCAGUGGCCCUGAGAUCAUGGAGAUGAGUGACCCCAUGGUGGAGGAGGAGCAGGCCCUGAAGGCUGCACAGGAGCAGGCCCUGGCAGCCUCUGAGGAAGAGGAUGAUGAUGAGGAGGAGGAUGAAGAAGACCUGGAGGACUAAGGUCACCAAGCUCUUUCCCAGAGCCUUUCCCCUUAGUGGUAGUUACAGACUGUAUUUUUUCUGUUGCUUUUGUUCCCUGCCCUUGCAGGACAUGGGUAGGAAAGCACACAAUGCUCCAAAUAAACCCCCCACAGCACAGCCGCUAAGUUACAUUCAUUCAUCAUACUGGGUGGUUGACUCAUUCAAAAAGGAAAAAGAAGCAGUGUCUACACACAUUUGCAAUCCAG